AUGGUCAAGGAAACAAAGUUUUACGACAUCCUCGGGGUUUCCCCCACCUGUACCGAGGCUCAGCUCAAGACUGCCUACAAGAAGGGCGCCCUCAAGUACCACCCUGACAAGAACGCAGACAACCCAGACGCCGCAGAGAAGUUCAAGGAACUGUCGCACGCCUACGAGUGUCUCUCCGAUCCCGAGAAGCGUCAACUGUAUGACCAGCUCGGUGAGGAGGGCUUGGAACAUGGCGGAGCUGGCGGUGGCAUGAAUGCCGAGGACUUGUUCUCUCAAUUCUUCGGCGGCGGCGGCGGCGGUCCCUUUGGCGGAAUGUUCGGCGGUGGCAUGCGUGAACAAGGUCCCAAGAAGGCCCGGACGAUCCACCACGUGCACAAGGUUAACCUCGAGGAUAUUUACAAGGGCAAGGUCUCCAAGUUGGCACUCCAGAAGUCUGUUAUCUGCGCUGGCUGUGAUGGCCGCGGCGGCAAGGAGGGAGCUGUCAAGGAGUGCAGUGGCUGCAACGGUGCCGGUAUGAAGACUAUGAUGCGCCAGAUGGGUCCUAUGAUCCAACGCUUCCAGACUGUCUGCCCUGACUGUAACGGUGAGGGUGAGAUUGUCCGUGAUAAGGAUCGCUGCAAGAAGUGUAACGGCAAGAAGACCGUUGUCGAGCGCAAGGUUCUCCACGUUCACGUCGACAAAGGUGUUCGUGAUGGCCACAAGAUUGAGUUCCGCGGCGAGGGUGACCAGAUGCCUGGUGUUCAGCCCGGCGAUGUCGUGUUUGAGAUUGAACAGAAGCCCCACCCCCGUUUCCAGCGCAAGGGUGACGACUUGUUCUACCAAGCCGAGAUCGAUUUGCUUACCGCUCUUGCCGGCGGUGUUGUUCACAUUGAGCACCUUGAUGACCGGUGGAUGACCGUCAACAUCAACCCUGGCGAGGUUAUCGUUCCUGAUGCCAUCAAGGUCAUCCACGGCCAGGGUAUGCCCUCUUUCCGCCACCACGACCACGGCAACCUGUACAUCAAGUUCGAUGUCAAGUUCCCCCAGAAGGACCAGCUCCAGAACCUGGACCUCUUGGAGAAGGUUCUGCCUCCCCGCCAGCAACAGACCGUGCCCCCGGCCGACGCCAUGGUCGAGGACUUUGAGCUGGAGGAGCCCGGCAACGAGCACGAGCAGGCCCGCGCCCACGGCGCUGCUGGCGCUAUGGACGAGGAUGAUGAUGACGUCCCCGCAGGUGCCGAGCGGGUGCAGUGCGCCUCGCAGUAA